AUGGCAAUGGAUAAGACGACGAUCAUCGUGUGCUCAGUGGUCGGUUCUCUAGGGUUGUUGAGUUCCAUCUUGGGAUUCUCUGCUGAAGGGACAAAGCUCACCCCAAAUGACAUCCUGGUGUUGGGCGACGAGUGCAUCUAUCCGCAGAACCCCGCGCUUGGGCUGGGGAUCUGCGGCACCAUCUUCCUUCUGGCGGCCCAGAUCACCGUCACGGCCGUCGGCGGCUGCUGCGGCUGUUGCAAGUCUCGUGCCAUUCCCUCCGAGACCAAGCGAAUCAUCGCCAUCGUCUGCGCCGUUGUCUCAUGGAUUGCAGCGGUGAUCGCGUGGGCGCUGCUCAUCCAAGGAGCGGCGUGGAACGCGAACGUGGCGCGGGUGACCGCGCCGGACUGCUUCUACCUCAAGGACGGCAUCUUCGCUGGCGGGGCCGUGCUCACCCUCGCCGCCACGGCGCUCGGCCUCACCUCCUUCGUCAUGCUGCGGAGGCUGACGGCAAACAACCCGGCGGCAGCGCCGGUGGUUCAUGCCACGGGCCAGCCGCAGUUCCCGCCGGCGCCGGCUGCAAACAAGCCGAUCGAGCACCCGCCGCACGCCGUGGUGGCGAUGGGCCAACCGCAGUUCUGGCCCGCAGCGGCGCAGCCACCGCCGCCCGCCGGGAGCACGAUGGGCCAGGGCCACGGCCACCAGCAGUUCCCGCCGGCCGCGGCCGCAGGCGCACCACCAAACAAGCCAGGCGAGCAGCCGCCGCCCACCUGCUGGGUGCCGACGGGCCACCCGCAGUUCUCGCCGCCUCAAUCCUACGCACAACCGCAGCCGACGAGUUACCCAGCACAGUACCCUGUCCAGCCUCAUCAGCACACAAAACCUGUUGCCAUAAAUAAACCAGCAGAUUCAGUGAGCAGAUGCUCUAAUGACAUCUGA